CAACUAAAUAUACAAUACUUGAAUUAAUAAUAUUUGAGUUGUGAUUUUAAAAUUAUCAUCCAGUUCAAUUAUAAUAAGUCAAUUCGAAUUGUCCAUAGAUAAUUGGAAUUGACUGGAUCCAUUUCAAAUUUUCCAAUUCAAAUCAGUUGGUCCAAAUUUUUACUGUUAGACAGGUCAAUUUAGUUCAAUUAUCAGACAAUUGCAAUUGAUUGAUUAAACUUAGAAAGUUAGAAUUCCUCGUCCAUUUGGAGCAUUCCAAACGAAAAGAAAUUUAUCCGUGUGAUAUAGCUGACAACUUGGCUGUGGUUUACGUGUCAAACUACUAGAAGAAAGCGACCAAGAAGAAAGCGAACCGCUAAACUUUGACAAAAAAAAAAAAAAACGAACCGCUAAAGCCCCUCCCCAUACCUGCAAAACUAGAAGAACAAAGAAGGGAAGGAAGAAGAAGAAACUCGUCUUCUUCGUGCGUGUUCAAAUCAAAUGGAAGCGGAAGGAAGUCAGCUGAAGCUCUACUCCUACUGGCGGAGCUCUUGCUCCUGCCGCGUCCGAAUCGCGCUCAACCUCAAAGGGAUUAAGUACGAAUAUGUGGCAGUCAACUUGGCCAAGGGAGAGCAAUCCAACUCUGAGUUUUUGAAGCUUAAUCCUCUUGGUUUUGUGCCGGUGCUGGUGGAUGGAGAGGUUGUGGUUUCUGAUUCUUUUGCCAUUUUAAUGUAUCUUGAAGAUAAGUAUCCCCAGCAUCCACUGUUGCCAAGUGAUCUUGCUAAGAGAGCCCUCAAUUACCAGGUUGCAAAUAUUGUUUCCUCAAGCAUACAGCCAUUCCAGAAUUUAGUUGUGCUGAAAUUUGUGGAAGGUAAAAUUGAUCCACAAACAUGGGCUCGGCACCAUAUUGAAAGGGGCUUUGCAGCUCUUGAGAAGCUCCUUAAAGACCAUGCUGGAAAAUACGCAACAGGAGACGAGGUUUUCAUGGCAGAUUUGUUUGUAGCACCGCAAGUUGAUGGAGCAAUUAGGAGAUUCAAAGUUGACAUGACCCAGUUCCCUCUUCUGCUAAGGCUUCACGAGGCAUACAGUGAGCUACCAUCUAUUCAGGAUGCUAUGCCUGAAAGUCAGCCAGACGCUCCUCCAUCUAGCUCCAGUUAAUUCCACAAAAAUAGCUCUCAAGGUAACUCGCUAACAGUAGAACUGAAAUCGAAACACAAGAGAAAACUACUUUGCUAGCGCCUUCCUUUCCAACUACUUGUUUACAACAAAGCCCUACAAACGCUCAUACCAAAUCUCUUGUUCUAAACUGCUGCAAAUGAUUGUCUGUGUUCAAUUGGGUUUUUUGACUCUUUACUUUUCUAUUUAUUGUUACUUAGGUUGGAGCUCUCAUCUCUCAGAAGUGAGUGCCCUUGAGAUAAUAUGCUUUGGCGAGCAAACGGUUGGGUCGUACCUGUUACACGUAAAUGUGCAGGCUCAACAAUGUAGUGAUAAACAGUGAGUACGGGAGACUGAUAUUAAUAUGUCGUAUCUUGAUAGAUUCUACAUCUGUUUUAUCGCGGUAACUAGACUCUGCAAAAUAAACCUCUGAAUGAGUUCAUGGGCAGAUAAACUUAAACUUGUCCA